UAUGUCUUGCGCCUCUCACCGGGGUCAACGUCCUACUGUCUAACAGACAACCGAAAACCACAGGACGACAGAACCAUUCUUUUAGCCCGAUCUUCAUUUACGCGCAUCCAGAAAGCAGAGAGAGCGCAGUACCUGUACUGGACAGCCGCCGCUAUCCGGACUGAGCGCUGAAAUCUGGCGGCGGGGGAAGCGGGAUGAACCUGCUGCGCACCGUCGCCCGGUUCGGCAUGGCGGGCUGGCAGCUGGUGUGCGUGCUGGUGCUGGCGCUGAUGCUCUGGCGGACCGGUGAGUCGUGUCCUUACGGCUGUACUUGCGCCAAUUCCCGUCUCUACUGCACUGACUCAGAGCACGACAUCGCUGUUUUACCUAUACUGAGCGAACCUGAGAUGGAGAACAUCACCGACAUAUUCAUUGCUAACCAGAGCAGCUUCACCGCCAUCAAUGAUAAAGACCUGAUCUUCUACCGCAACCUCAGAAAUCUGACAGUAACCAACACGAGGCUCACAUAUGUGUCACGAAAGGCAUUUGAAUACAAUAGCAAAUUACAGUACCUGAACCUCAAGGACAACAAUCUGUCAUCAGUGUCCUGGAAGGUUAUUCACCGUCUAAACAUUUCCUACCUGGGGCUGUCAGGUAACCCUCUGCAAUGCGUCUGUAAGAACAUGUGGAUGAAGCAGUGGAGAGUAGAUGAUUCCGAGGCUGCCGAGCUUGUGUGUGUAGAAGAUGAAGGAAAGAGGAAGCCUCUCUCCAAACUCGUUCUGCCCAACUGUGUGGUUCCAACGGUCAGCCUCAGGCCACAAAAAAUCACUCUCCUGGCGGGUUCGAACGUCACGUUAAGCUGUAAUGCCUCAGGAACACCCACACCCAAUCUCUACUGGGAUAUCUGUGCACUCAAUUCCAGCCACAAGAUUGUAGGUACAGGACAGUUGGGCCCUGUUGAACUCAGACUUGCUGAUCUGUCCUCCCUGGACAACGAGUGUAAAAUCAGCUGCAAUGCUGAAAACAUAGCAGGCGGUGGCGAGGCCUCAGUGCAGCUCGACAUACUCUUCCCUCCGACAAUCAGCAAGCUCCUGGAUGCCAUCGCUGACCACCACUGGUGCAUCCCGUUUAGUGUAUCUGGAAACCCCCGCCCAAAGCUCAGCUGGUUGCUGCGGGGUGAGCCGCUGAUGGAGGGCAGCUUCAUCAGCACCAAGGUCCACGACUAUUCCGAUCAUGCAUAUCAUGGCUGCCUGCAGCUUGAUAAUCCCACACACAUCAACAAUGGCUUGUACACGCUGCUGGCGAGCAACUCUUUCGGAAGGGACAAGAAGUCUAUAUUUGCCCACUUCAUGCACACCCCAUGGAAUGAUACAACAACUACAGAUACGCUGUACUACGACCCGACAACAGAUGACACACCCCUUGGACCUCCUGAGGAUCGAGUUGCUGUAUACGUGGUCGUGGGAAUUGCCAUCGUCACUUUCACUGGCUUUGUUCUCAUGGUGGUUGUCCUCAAGUUUGGCCGCAACUCAAAGUUCGGAAUUAAAGGACCUUCAUCAGUGAUCAGCAAUGACGAUGACUCCGCCAGUCCUCUUCAUCACGUGUCUAAUGGCUCCAACACGCCUUCGUCGUCGGAGAUGAAUUCUGAUGCUGUCAUCAUUGGCAUGACCAAGAUCCCUGUCAUUGAGAACCCGCAGUACUUCCGCAGUACAAGCAGUCUGCUCAAAUCUGAUACCUUCGUCCAGCACAUUAAGAGGCACAACAUUGUGCUGAAGAGGGAACUCGGUGAGGGCGCGUUUGGAAAAGUGUUCCUGGCUGAAUGUUACAAUCUUACACAAGAACAGGAGAAGAUCCUUGUAGCCGUGAAGACCCUAAAGGAGGCUAGUGAGAACGCACGUAAAGAUUUCCAUCGUGAAGCCGAGUUGUUGACCAACCUGCAGCAUGAACACAUCGUCACUUUUUACGGAGUGUGUGUGGAAAUCGACCCCCUCAUCAUGGUGUUUGAGUACAUGAAGCAUGGAGACCUUAACAAGUUUCUCAGGGCUCAUGGUCCGGACGCGGUGCUGAUGUCUGAUGGGCAGGUGCAGCAGCAGGCCGAGCUGACUCAGUCCCAGAUGCUGCACAUUGCUCAGCAGAUUGCAGCAGGUAUGGUGUAUCUGGCCUCGCAGCAUUUUGUGCACAGAGACUUGGCAACAAGGAACUGCCUGGUGGGAGAGAACCUGCUGGUGAAGAUCGGAGACUUCGGCAUGUCCCGCGAUGUCUACAGCACUGAUUACUAUAGGGUGGGAGGUCACACCAUGCUGCCAAUCCGCUGGAUGCCCCCAGAAAGCAUCAUGUACAGGAAGUUUACCACCGAGAGUGAUGUCUGGAGUCUGGGAGUGGUGCUCUGGGAAAUAUUUACCUAUGGGAAGCAGCCCUGGUACCAGCUUUCCAACAAUGAGGUGAUCGAAUGUAUUACUCAAGGUAGAGUGCUGCAGCGGCCGCGUACCUGUCUGAAGGAAGUGUACGACCUGAUGCUGGGCUGUUGGCAGCGUGAGCCACACACUCGCCUCAACAUCAGAGAGAUCCACACCCUGCUUCUCAACCUGGCAAAAGCCUCACCAGUAUAUCUAGACAUCCUGGGCUGAGACAAGGGUGUUAGAAACUGACUCUGUAGCCCAAUUCCUUAUCAUUUGCUCUUCUUCGCCUGUUUCCUAAUCCUGAUCCCUGCAUUCUGCUCCUCCUAAUCAACAUGUGUAGUGUGGAGCCUCAACUAUCAGUAAUAUAGUAGGAUGAACAUGUGACACCAAAGACCUAUGGGACCAAUCCUCCACUGGUCGAACACUGACUGUGCAACCACUCAAAUUUACUGUAAAUAUCAUCAGGUCUUGACCUUACAAGAAGUGCAUACUUAUCUCCAAGACUUCCAAAAGCACCCCUGGUAUUCUCCAUCCUCUGCAACUGCAAAACAGAAACAAAAAAAUAAAAAAAAUAAAAAAACUAAGAUGUACCGAGACUGUGACUAGGAAAGUUUUCCACCCACUCCUGACUUUUAUUUUCUUUUGAUGUUGAAAUGUAAUUACAAUGAUUACAAAGGAAAGACAAUGAUGGUAGUACAGUGAUAUAAGGCAACUGAUAG